GUUCUUCAAGACAAUUUGCAAAGAUGCCUGCUAUCGACACGGAAGCUCAGUUUAAGUUCCUGCUGUGCUGCAUCAAGCACUCUGCCGCAGGCAAGGUCAACUUCGACAAUGUUGCCAGUGAGCUCGGCAUUGUCAGCAAGGCCGCAGCUGCCAAGCGCUACGAGCGUCUCCUGAAAGCCCACGAUAUCUCCGUCAACACCCCGCGUCGUGGCGCCGGUUCGCGCGCCAACGGCGAUGAUGGUGAUGACACCGAGCCAAAGACGCCCACUUCCAAGAAGCGCAAGCGCGCCGCCGCCAAGAAGGAUGACGACGAAGAUGACAGCCCGACCGUAAAGUGUGAGGCUGUCAAGAAGGAGCGCGGAGUCAAGAAGGAGGAGUCCGAUGAGGACACCAAAGUCAAGGGCGAGGAUGACGACGACUACAUCUCGGAGUAGUCCCCCAUCGCCCCUCGCGGCCGGCAGCCAUGACGCCACACCCCCGUCAUGGGAACUUGCCCACAGUUUUGGUCUCGCCCAGCAGAGUUUGGCAUCGUCGCCGCCGCCUGCCGAGUU